AUGACAGGUACUGCAAAUGUACACAACCGGUAUAGAAAACCAAUCUUCAAAUCCUACAACUGUAUUAUGGAUUUUGAAGGAUAUAGUGCACUGGUAGAGAAAAAUUGGAACAUCCCAAUCGCAGGAAAUCCAAUGUUUAUCUUGUGGAACAAGCUUAUGCGAUUACAACCGGCUUUGCGUAAUUUCAGUAAACCAGCCCGGCAUAAUGACCAGCAGCUUAUUCAAGCUAGAAACCGACUUAACACAGCACAAUCCUCCCUUGAGGCCGACCCGAUGAAUGCUACGAUAUUAACUCGAAUUAAGGAGCAGAAACUAGAGAUUCUAAAACUAGAGGAACUAGAGAAAAAUAUACUGAGACAGAAAUCAAAACUGGAUUGGCUUAAGUGGGGUGAUGGCAACAACUCGUACUUCCACGCAUCCGUAAAAUCCAAAAACAAUUCAAAGAACAUAUCACACCUCACCAAAGAGGAUGGCACAGUAUUGACAGUACAAGCUGAUAUUGAAAAUGAAGUCUUAGAUUAUUAUAAGAACUUGUUAGGCACUGCUGACAGCACAAUUCGUCAUAUUGAUGUCGCCGCCAUGAGAGAUGGACCACAGUUAAACAUGGAUCAACGACUGUCCCUCUUGGCACCUAUAACAGAACAGGAAAUUCAUACGGCACUUAAAGGUAUUAGGGACUUGAAAUCACCGAGAAUUGAUGGUUACGGAGCCUGUUUCUUCAAAGGUAGCUGGGAAACCAUUAAAUUUGAUGUGGUAACAGCAGUACAAGAUUUUUUCCGCCAUGAUCGCCUAUUUAAAGCAUUUAACGGUAUUGUGGUGACGCUUAUUCCGAAACACUAUGACGCUCAAUCCAUUAAAGACUACAGGCCAAUAGCAGGGUGUACCACUGUCUAUAAAAUAAUCUCAAAAAUACUUACUACAAGAUUGGGUAAUGUUAUAGGUGAUAUUGUCCAUAAUUCGCAAGCUGCAUUUGUACCGGGUCAACAGAUCCACAAUCACAUCCUACUAGCGUAUGAACUUAUUAAGGGGUAUACCAGGAAAGGAGGCACCCCGCGAUGUAUGCUUCAAAUUGAUCUUCAAAAAGCUUAUGAUAUGGUAAAUUGGGAUGCUCUGGAGUGUAUUAUGAAGGAAAUUGGAAUUCCAACCCAAUUUAGUAGAUGGAUAAUGAUUACUGUCACUUCUGUUACUUAUAAAUUCAACAUUAACGAGUAUCAUACAAAAACUAUCCAAGCGAAGCGGGGACUCAGGCAAGGGGACCCUAUCUCCCCUAUAUUAUUUGUUAUUAUAAUGGAAUAUCUCAAUAGGUGCUUUCGCAAAAUGCAGAAGAAUCCCAAUUUCAACCAUCACGCUAAGUGUGAGAAAUUACAUAUUACUAAUCUCUCUUUUGCAGAUGAUCUACUGCUUUUUUCUAGAGGAGACUGUAUGUCGGUGGAGCUGCUUAUGGAGGCUUUUAACGGUUUCUCGGAUUCCACUGGUCUCAAAUUAAACCCGGCAAAAUGCAAAAUCUAUUUUGGUGGGGUGGAUGCGGAUACAAAGCAGAACAUCAUUAACAUUACCAAUUUCCGGGAGGGUCCUUUCCCCUUCAGGUAUCUGGGAGUCCCUCUAACCUCUAAAAAAUUAUCUAUCCAUCACUAUAUGCCGUUGAUUGACAAGAUUAUGAGUCGAAUUAAUCAUUGGAGUGCUAAACUCCUUAGUUAUGCAGGGCAUGCCCAGCUUAUAAAAAGUGUUACUUUUGCCAUUGCGAACUACUGGAUGCAAUGCUUGCCUAUUCCUAGAUCUGUUAUUCAUAAAAUUGAAGCUAUGUGUAGAUCUUUCAUGUGGACAGGUGGAGCUGAUAUUAGUAGGAAGAGCCCUAUUGCAUGGGACAAUGUCUGUAGACCUCUGAAUUAUGGAGGCUUGGGUAUCAUUGAUCUUAAGAUCUGA